AUGGCCCGGGACCUCGUCGCCAGAGACGGGCGGGGAAAAGGAGGCUCAAGAGAGGGGCAAGACCGGCCUGCCAACCACUCGUCUGCUCGAGAGAGAGCAGGUAAUAGGGAGGAAAAUGAGAUCCUGCACCCGGAACACCUGAAUGGGGUGAAGCUGGAGAUGGAUGGGCACCUCAACAAAGAUUUCCACCAGGAGGUCUUCCUGGGCAAGGACAUGGAUGACUUUGAGGAGGACGCAGAGCUUCGGAAGAGCCGGAGGAAGCUGAUGGUCAUCUUCUCCAAGGUGGAUUUGAACACCGACAGGAGGAUCAGCGCCAAGGAGAUGCAGAACUGGAUCAUGCAGAAGACCGCUGAGCACUUCCAGGAGGCUGUUGCCGAGAGCAGGGCGCACUUCCGAGCCGUGGACCCUGAUGGUGACGGCCACGUAUCUUGGGAUGAGUACAAGGUGAAGUUUUUGGCCACCAAAGGCCACAAUGAGAGAGAAGUUGCUGAAAAGAUAAAGAAUAAGUGGGACCUGAACAUCGAUGAGGAGACACAGGAAGUCCUGGAGAACCUCAAAGACCGCUGGUAUCAGGCGGACAACCCGCCCCCGGACCUGCUGCUGACAGAGAGCGAGUUCCUAUCGUUCCUGCACCCCGAGCACAGUCGUGGCAUGCUGCAGUUCAUGGUCAAGGAGAUCAUCCGGGACCUGGACCAGGACGGUGACAAGAAGCUCUCGCAGUCUGAGUUAAUCUCUCUGCCCGUGGGCACCGUGGAGAACCAGCAGGGCCAGGAUGUUGAUGACGGCUGGGUGCGGGAUAGGAAGAGAGAGUUUGAGGCUGAUGGGAUCGUGACCAUGGCGGAGUUGGAGGACUACAUGGACCCCAUAAACGAGUUCAGAGCCCUUAAUGAGGCCAAGCAGAUGAUCGCUAUUGCUGACGAGAACCAGAAUCACUACCUGGAGCCCGAGGAGGUGCUGAAGUACAGUGAGUUCUUCACAGGCAGCAAGCUGGUGGACUACGCCCGCAGCGUGCACGAGGAGUUCUGAGCCACCGCCGCAUCCCCCGCCCCCCCCCCCCCCCGCAGCACCUCGCGGGCUGCCCGCACUCUGAUUCCAGUGUAAUCGCUGCAUCUCGCUUCUGAGAACUCAGAGCCCUGCUGCCGGAGACACUGACCACAUCAGGGCGGCGGGCUCCCCCACCGUGGGAAACGACGAAGCUCCUGCUGUUCCCUCGAAAACUGAAAGGUGAAGCUUUGCUGGAAACCGGCAGCCAGUGGCCAGGGUGGGGUGGGGUGGGGUGCUGGGUAGGCCUGUGAGAGCCGCCAGCCCAUGGCCUUCAGUCUCUGAGGAGCAUGAAUAUUGGUGACAGGAAUCACAUUAAUUUACUUCAAAAUAGAGUUGCCUUUUUCCUCUCAAAAA